CACGUGACAAGUGAAACUGGCUGCAAACUUCAAAUCCAAAUACUCAAAAAAAGUGUUAUUAAAAACUUAAAGGCGAGAUAACCAACGUCAUUAAUACUGUUACGUAUUCAACAUUAAGCAGUGGCCUGUAUUAACUGUCCCGACGACUGAUAAGCGUCUCUUAAACCUCACAGUCGACCUCAGUCACCUUCAAAUAAAAAACCUUUAUAUUACUAGUUAUGGCUAUUCGGACGCUUACAGUACUGAACUUUCCCGGUUUCAAUGGCAUACUUAGCAGGAGAACCUUUUCGACUACGAGGGCAGUUGGUGCCAAACAGAUGACUGUGAGAGAUGCAUUAAAUUCUGCUCUUGACGAGGAAAUGACCAGGGACGAGAAGGUGUUUAUACUUGGAGAGGAAGUAGCUCAAUACGAUGGAGCUUAUAAGGUGACAAGAGGACUGUGGAAGAAAUAUGGCGACAAGAGGGUAAUCGACACCCCGAUUACUGAAAUGGGUUUCACAGGUAUUGCAGUCGGUGCGGCAAUGGCAGGCCUUCGUCCAGUAUGCGAAUUUAUGACAUUUAAUUUUGCCAUGCAAGCCAUUGAUCAAAUCAUUAACUCUGCUGCCAAAACCUUCUAUAUGUCUGCUGGACGUGUGAAUGUACCAAUUGUUUUUAGAGGACCAAACGGCGCCGCCGCUGGAGUAGCAGCACAACAUUCACAGUGCUACGGGGCUUGGUAUGCUCAUUGUCCAGGAUUAAAGGUAAUCUCUCCGUACAAUUCAGAAGACGCGAAAGGUCUCUUAAAGGCUGCAAUUAGAGACCCAGAUCCAGUUGUAUGUCUGGAGAACGAAAUUCUUUAUGGUGUUCAGUACCCAAUGUCCGAUGAGGCUCUUUCACCGGACUUUAUCUUACCUAUUGGUAAAGCUAAAAUUGAAAGACCAGGAAAACAUAUAACUCUCACUGCCCAUUCGAAAGCUGUGGAAACAUGUUUAGAGGCUGCAAAAGAAUUAGCUGGCAAAGGAAUCGAGGCUGAAGUUAUUAACUUAAGAUCACUGAGACCGCUAGAUAUUGAAACUAUCACGAAAUCGGUAAUGAAAACUAAUCAUUUGAUAAAUGUAGAGCAGGGAUGGCCGACUUGCGGAAUUGGAGCAGAAAUUCUCGCGAGGAUGAUGGAAAGUGAAGUAUUUUUCCACCUUGACCAGCCAGCAGUUAGAGUAACAGGGGCUGACGUGCCUAUGCCAUAUACCCAAAGUCUCGAAGCCGCCGCAUUGCCACGACCCGCUGACGUCGUAGAUGCCGCUAAAAGACUACUUAAAGUGAAUUAGAAGUGUUAUUAUUAUCGGCCUCCGGUUACAACCAUAAUAUUACGGGUUAAGAGAAGAUAUUACGACAAAUAAGCGUUCGGAUAUUGUUCGAUCAUCAUUUAAAUUCAUAAUAUAAUUCAUUUAUUUUAAUCCAUUAGAUUUCUUAAAUAUUUUAUUUUAUAUUUAUUUUUAUUUUAACGAAGUAAUGAAAAAACAGCUAAAUUUACAGACUGGCUAAUUCAAUAGGAUCAAUAAUGUUUUUUCCUAUUUUAUAAUUUACAUUAUUUUAAUGCUGUAGUAAUGUAUUUCGUCAUACCUCUUCUUAAUCUUGGUUAAGAAUGCAUUUUCAUGGUCGCUAUUUAGGAUCUUUCGGUAAUUGAAUAAUGAAUAUUAAUAAAUUUAAAUUUUUUAAAAUUUGUACAACCCAAUAUGGUUUCAGAUCAUUAUUUUAUUUUUUAGUUAUUUAUGCUUAUUAUUUGUGAAAUUUUUAAAAAGCAAAUUUGUUGUAUAUCCGUAUAUGAUUUUGUUUUGUUUUUCGACAUGCUCGGAACUCAAAAUAAAAAAUAAAGACUUUUUAUUGUUAA